GUUACUCGUCCACACCCCCGCGACCAAGAUGUCUCACUUUAGACGGGGAUACAGUGCGAGUGAGGAAUGAGUAUGAUGCAUCCUCUCCUGCUAUGCGAGGAGAAGUGCGGGGGCGAAGGGGAAAGGUCGCUGGAGAAUUUCCGCUUCAACCUGGAGAGGAAGGACUGGACCCUGCAGAAGCAUUACAGUAAGGAGGGAAUCACCGUCAAGUCCGUGUAUGACCAAGAGAAGCUUAUGUACUUUCUCUUCACUGAGGCCCCGCUGGACUUCGAGUGCGACUGGACUUUCGGAGACAUGCGAGACCACACGCUGGAAGCCACGCCUGAAUGGUACUCCGACGUCAAGGAGUACAGCGUCCUCGAGCGAUUAACGGACGUGUGCUGGGUGGUGCACGAGGUGCUGGAGCCGAAACUCGGGGGCAUCGUUGCCAGUCGGGAGAUGCUCUACGCUUCCCACUGUCGCAAGAUCGGCGACGCCUACUUCGUCUCCAUGGGCAGUACCGAGUGGCCGGGAGUGGAACCGAGAGAGAACUUGGUCAGGGCGGAGGUACCAGAAGGCUGCGGCCUGUCGAUAUCACCCGAUCCGUCGCACCACACGACCCGGACCCUGCUGCGCUGGGUCUUCUCGCUGGACCUGAAGAUCCCGCUCGUCCCAGUCUCCUUCCUCCUUCCGUUCCACGUGGAGGCAUGCCGGCAGUUCAUCCUCGGUCUUCGGAAGCAUCUGUCGGCCAGACAGCUUCUCAAGGCCUGA